CAUGCUCUGUACACCUCUUUCUUUCUCGCUCUGAUUUGCCUCACCAGGUCUAUCACUCUCUCUGUUUCUCUCUCUCCUCUCUCCUCUCCUCUUCUCGGUAUGGUGAGGAUGACUCUGGGAGCUCUGGCACUGUUUGUAGCUGUGUGUGGAGUGUCCAGUUUUGUGUUGCUGGGGGUGGCUAUAGGGACAGACUACUGGUACCUGAUAGAUGUCGCUCAGAGGGAAAACAUCUCCAACCUCUCUCUCAACUCACACUCAGGACUAUGGAGGACCUGCAACUCCCAGAAGCUCUGUCAGCCAUUCGUCAACCCGUUUGAAGGCGGACAAAACCUCACAGACUCUUACAGACAACUUUUAAAUAUGCACGGGACAUUCAUGGUGUUGCUUCCUCUCAGCAUGAUCAUCAUGGUUGUCGGAGGACUGAUGGGUUCAUCGGCCUGCUGGCCAGAGCUUACCUACUACUGCUGA